AUGGCACCAGCAGAAAAUACUUUCGUUGAAGGGUUGUCUGUUGAAAAGAAAAUAGCUAUUGCAGUUUACAAACUUGCCUCUUGUGCUGAAUACCGUGUAAUUGCAAAGGGAUUUGAAGUAUCAAAAAGUACUGUUUGCUUAUGUGUUCACAGUUUCUGUAAAGUUUUAAUUGAAAAUCAAGUCGGCAAAAUAUUAUCCUGGCCAAAUGCAUCAGAAUGUGAACGCAUAGCCUCGAGAUUUGAACAAAAAUUUAAACUGCCAAAUAUUAUUGGUGUUAUAGACGGCACUCAUGUGCCAAUUAAACCCCCACAAGACGGUGCUGCAGACUUUCGUAACAGAAAGCGUUAUAGUUCCAUUGCAGUGCAAGCUAUUGUGGGUGAUCAAUAUUUAUUUAAAAAUAUCACAGCACAAAAUCCUGGCUGUGCACACGAUGCAUCAGUGCUUAGGGGCAGUUCUCUAUACAAAAACCAUAAUACAUUAAUUCCUGAAAGCCAUAGGGAAAUCGACGGAAUUUACAACGCCUCAAAUGAAGCUAUGCUUUUUAAACUUCCUUAUUAUAUUAUUGGUGAUGCAGCUUAUCCGCUUUGUAACUGGAUUAUGAAAAAUUAUAGGGACGAGUUAACUGUUGAAGAGACAUCCUUCAACUUAUAUUUGAAUCAAGCACGAAUUGUUGUGGAGCAAGCAUUUGGUCGCUUGAAAGGAAGAUCGAGAAUACUUUAUAAGAAGAGCGACCUGGAUGUGUACAAUAUGCCGCAUGUGAUAAUAGCGUGCGGAAUUCUUUACAAUUUUGUAAGCUUAAUAAUAAAUUUAAAUAAUUGA